AUGGGCGGCGGACCACCAGAACUGCCUGUCAUCCAACCCAAGGGCCUUCCGCAAGGCACCCCAGACUACGAAACAAAGCGCGCCGCCUUGCUCCAAACCUUUGCUAAAAAAGUACCGAAUCACCUCCGUUUGCCUGCCGAGACCACUUCCAAUCCUCCUACUGAUGUAUCAACGCUGCCAACUACCUGUGGCCUCCUGAGCGCUAAAGAGAUCUACAUUACUGAGUCUUACGAUGCAUGCGGGUUGGCCGAAGCCAUCGCAGCAAAGAAACUCACUGCGGUCGAAGUCGCAACCGCAUUCUGCAAGCGCGCCAUCAUCGCUCACCAACUAACAUGUUGCUUGACGUCCUGGUUCAUGGACGAGGCGAUACAGCGCGCCCAAGAGUUAGAUACCUAUCUCGAGAAAAAUGGCAAGACAGUUGGACCGCUGCACGGCGUGCCCAUCAGUAUCAAAGAACACAUGCCCAUCGCCGGGACAUAUUCCUCGCAGGGUUGCAUCUCAACCACCGCCCUAAACGAAAAGGACUGCCAAAUGGUCGCCAUGCUCAGGAACAUGGGCGCAGUGUUUUACUGCAAAACAAACCAGCCCCAAGCUAUCAUGCACCUCGAAUCAACAUCGCAUCACGGCCGCACUCUCAACCCUUUCAACAUCCACCUCAGCGCUGGCGGCUCGUCGGGAGGUGAAGCAGCCCUCAUCGCCAUGAAGGGCUCAGUCCUCGGCGUCGGGACUGAUAUUGGUGGGAGUAUACGAGCCCCAAGUGCCUUUUGUGGUAUCUACGGCUACAAGCCGACGGCAGGCACGCUCCCGAUGAAACACAUGCUGAGCAACGCCUUCGCCGCCGAACUCAACAUCGAAAGCUCGACGGGGCCCAUGUGCCGGACACUCCGCGACGCAGAGGUGUUCACGAAGUCAAUCCUCGAUGCUCAGCCGUGGCUCGAGGAUCCCAAGAUCAUUCCCUUGAAAUGGACAGGCAGUCAAACCGCGCUCCCCAAACCCCUCAGAAUCGGAAUCAUCGAGCACGACGGGUUUAUUCUGCCUCAACCCCCCGUUCGCCGCGCAAUAGCUUGGGCGAGAGAACGCCUCUCCGACCCCAAACACUCCUCGCGCUUCGACGUAAAGUCUUUCACGCCCCACAACGCAAAACAAGCAUGGUCCCUCGCCCUCCGCACCUACUGGACCGAUGGCGGCACCACCACGCUCCCUGUCAUAUCCGCAGGCGGCGAACCCAUCCUGCCCCUCACACAAGCAAUCACAUCCACCGCCGCGCCGCACGGCAUGCUCACCGCCGAAGACGUAAAUCAACUGCGCUCUCAGCGCGACAAAUUCCGGCUCGCCUUCGCAGAUAGCUGGAAUGCGCAGGACGUCGAUGUAGUCAUCGGCCCAGCUUUUGUGGGGCCGGCGUCCGCGCACGACACCGCAUUUUACUGGACGUACACGUCGUUGUGGAAUUAUGUGGAUUAUCCGGGCGUGGUGGUGCCAACGGCUGUGCGGACGGAGAAGGGCGAGGCGUAUGCUGAGGAUUACGAGCCGUUGAGUGAGGAGUGUCGGCAUGUGCGGGAGUUAUGGGAGCAGGGGGAUUUCGAAGGGGCGCCGGUUGAUUUGCAGAUUGUUGGGCGGAGGUAUCAUGACAAUGAGUUGUUUGCGGCGUUGGCGGUGCUAAAGGAUGUGUUGGAACUGCCCUAA